CACACCGCCACAAGAGUUUUAAAAGUGUCACGCUGCAGUUACCUACGCGCGCGCCGCCAACACCCGCAAUAUUAUUAUUGUACACCACCCGCCAUUGUCGUUCGGCCGCAGGUCCAUAUUCUGCAGAAAUCCGCAAGCGACGAGCGAAACUCUUUCGUUUCACCAUUUGAUAUAGUAUUACACUUGCGACUUGCCACGACCUGUGCAGUCCACCGCGGCACCACGCCCGAAGGCCGGCGGUAAUUGCUGAUUUGACGAAUUCCGUAAUAACAUUGUAUAUAAUAUCUGUUUCACGGCGCACGUGCAAUCCGUUUGGUUAGUAAAGUGUGUGUAGGUAUAUCGACGACGGUGCGAUUGUGGUUUUUACCGUGAACCGCGGACCAUACCAUCAUAUUGGUUGCGCGUCAGUAAAAUACGUGGCGGUAAGUUCCGUGGCCGACGAAUAGCGACUGUACCGGAUAUCAACGCUUUUCACUGCAGAUCCAAACACGAUCCGUUUAUAAAUUCCGUCAUAUGGACAUUACGACAAUAGCCGUUCGCUCCGGACACCGCCGUUGAUCCGUCUCCUUUCCGUCGGUCGAGUCCGGUCACAUCCACACCGGAAGUACGCGUCGAUCUAUACAGACACGUAGAUCAUCGACCACCGUUGGUGAACGAUUUUUUUUCCUCCGAUCACCAUGUGCAGGCCGGCCGUCGCUAUGGCCGUGCAGUGCUUAGUCGCGGUCUUCGCGGCGGUGACGGCGGCCACCGUCAAGCGACACCCAGUGACGUUGGUCGUGUCGUUCGACGGUUUCCGGCCCGAUUAUAUCCGACCCGACGUGACACCGCACAUGGCCCAGUUCCGGGACGCGUCCGCCGCGCCGCCGUACAUGCGCAGUGCGUUCCCCACUAAGACGUUCGUCAACCACUUCACCAUGGCCACCGGACUGAAUCCCGAGACGCAUGGCGUGCUCGACAAUACCAUGUUCGACAGUCACAAUGAGACGAUGCACUACACGUACGAGCAGUUCCAUUACGACGAUUCGGUGGUGCCUAUCUGGAUACAAAACGAAAAUAAUGGAGAAGGACGACAUAGUGGUGUAAUGAUGUGGCCAGGAUCAGAAUUUCCAUAUCAAGGCAAAACCCCAACUUACAUUGAAGUAUACAACAAUUCAAUACAUUGGAAUUCUCGAAUAGACACUAUCAUGUCAUGGAUUGAAGAUAAAAAUCAACCAGCCAAUCUAGUGUUUGCAUAUUUUGAAGAACCAGAUAGAACUGGUCAUAAAAAAGGAGUCGGCUCACAAGAGAUAAAAAAUCAAAUCGUUAGAGUAGAUGACACAGUCAAAUACAUACUUGAAAAAUUAAAAUAUAAAAAUUUAGAAGAGAAAAUAAACCUCAUAAUUCUUAGCGACCAUGGAAUGGAAACAGUCACAUAUGAUAGAAUGGUAUUUCUAGAUGAUUAUGUAUCCAAUAUGACCUACAAAUCCGUAAUUACAGGUCCAAAUGCAUUUAUACUUCCAAAUAUGGGUAAAUUUGACGAAGUUUAUACGAAUCUUUCAAGCGGAGCCAAUACAACAAAAACAUUUUACGUAUUUCAAAAAAAAGAAUUACCUGACCGUUGGCAUAUGAAGAAUAAUCCUAGAUUGAACGGGAUCAUCUAUUUGUUGGCUAAACCCAGUUACGCGUUUUGGUACAGUUUUUAUCAAAAAAUUUUGGAUAAAACAACCAAGGAAAUGUUUAGAACCGGGACCCACGGAUACGACAAUGACGACCCUCUGAUGCACGCCCUUUUCAUGGUUUCGGGACCGAUGUUCAAGAGGAACUUUACUGCACAGCCAUUUGACAACGUGGACCUGUACCCGCUGAUCAGCCACCUGUUGGCACUAGAUGAGGCGGCCAAUUACGCGCGGCCGGUGAACGGGACGAUAGCCGGCGUCGAACAGCUGUUGUCGCCCAAGUCGUCAAGCGCUGGCACGUCGUCGCCGUCGCCGCACGUCUUAGCUGGCGUAAUAGCGACCUUCAUCGACGCUUUAAAAAAGUACCAGUGACCAUAACCGAAUAUCCGGGCAGGUUUCCUGAUGUAUAAUAAUAUAGGUCCAAUAUUUAUUAUGUAUUAUAUUUAGUUUUGUUUUGGCACUCGAUGCAACUGCACAUACAUCGCAACUCACCACUGACAUGUGUGCGUAUACGCCAAGAUUUUAACCGUUUACCACCGAAACUAGAAAGUAUAUCCGUCUUAUACGAAAUUGAUAUUGUUAUAAAUACAAAUUAUUAUUGUUGUAGUUAGACACGACAAAAAAAUGUAUUGAAUGCACAGUGGAAGAAUUGUAGAUGGAAUUUUCGUUAAUUCAUUAUUGUAAUAUUUUUUUUAGACAUUCCCUUUUAAUUGUUCAAUACAAUUAUGUUUAAUAAUAAUGAGUGAUUUCUAUAAUGCGUA